UCUCUGUUUUAGUCUUGAAUAAAACAUACAAUGUGGCAAAUACACACUCAGGCACACACACACACCCAGACAGUCAGGGUUUACAGCAUAUGUCAGUGUGUUUUAUGGUCGAGCCGCGUUUAAUUAUUUACUCCAGUCUUUCUCGGGCCACAGCGGUGUCAGUUACCAACACACACACUGCCUCCUCUCUUCAAACCAGUCCAAUACGAUUAACUGUUUUCUCACAGGGGCUUAGGCACAUUUGCUGGAUGAUUUAAGACCCACAGACCCUCUCAAGGAUGUCGGGGAUGAAUAGUGAUCAGCUGCAUCGCUCCACCUUGGGGAUUUACUCGAACUUGAUGGACGAUUUCAACCCUAGCCUACAGAAACUGGUCUCACUGGGGAACAGCUACAUCCAAGCUUUCCAGGCUCUUGCUUUAACAAGUGAGGCCUAUUUCAGUGCACUUUCAAAGAUUGGAGAGAACGCUUUCCACACCAUAUCCUCCGGCUCCCUAGGAGAUGUCCUGAUUCAGAUCUCUGAAAGCCAAAGAAAACUCACCAUGGAGCUGGAUGGAGUAUUCCGCUGGUUCAGUACGGAGGUCCUUCAGGAGAUGGACACUAACAUUAGACUGGACAAGGAUUACAUAUCAGGAAGCAGGAACCACUAUGAGAUGGAAGUCCACAACCAGGCAGCAGCUCUGGAGAGACAGCUGAGGAGAGGAGCCAACCAGGACUGUAGUGAGUAUGUGCAGUUCCUCAGGGAGAGCCACGGCGAGGCUCUGAAGGAGGAGGAGAGGCGAUACCGCUUCCUUUCUGAGAAACACUGCGGCCUGAUACAAUCCAUCGCACAGCUCAUGAAUAAGACAGGAGGUUCCCUCCAGCAGAGGGCUGACGCCUGGACAGAGGCGGUGGACGCCACCAGAGGACCCGAGGCAAAACAACCCACUUCUGUGAGUUCAGUGGGGAUGAAGGAGGAGGAGAUGAGAAGGAGCAGAGAGGAGCCGCCCCUCGGCAACAUACCAUCAAGGGCUCCGUCUCCCCAGGGGAGCAUUUCUCGCUCUGCAGGAGGCAGCAAAUCCACGAGGGUCCGGGCGGUCGUGGCCCACCAACCUGGUGGCUCCGACCCGACCCUGCUGCCCUUCACCAAGGGAGAGGUGAUCAUCGUGCUGGUCCAAGAGCCCAGGAACGGCUGGCUGUUUGGACGCGCUGAAAGCAGCUCACGUCAGGGAUGGUUUCCAGCCACCUAUGUGGAAGUGAUGGAUGAUCCUCCAAACACAACCAGCUCUGGUAACUCUUCUCGAAGCAGAAGCAGCAGCUACAGCGGAGCCCCGCCCCCUCCGCCUCCACCACCUCUAUCUUCAAAUAAACCAUAUGAGAUGCCGCCAAUCACACCGACCGAGUCAAAUUCAGAAAAAAAGAGAUCAAAAUCACACGGAUCACCACCAGAACUCUUCCCGAGGGGUACCAACCCGUUUGCCACAGUUAAACUGAAGCCCACAUCCACCGAUGACAGAUCGGCCCCGCAUUUAUAUCGACGAUGACAUCUCAACCCUGAAACACACGCUUUAUAGAAAUAGCAGAAUAUACAUGGUUGAUAACAGAGUGGAGGCUGUCUAGUGUUUUCUUACUUUGUCAUACAACAGUCUGUUUGCCAGAGAUACACUCUAAGCUGGAGAAAGAGGACAAAACAAACAUAUGAAUAUUUUAUAAUUCUUGGGUUCGCACAAGGACUGUAGAUAUUUUUAGAUCUAUGUAACCAGCAUCGGGUUUUUUUAGGUUAUAAUGGUUUCAUCCUUUUUUACUUUUUCAUGAUUGGCUCUGAACAUCUGUAAAAUAGCAAGAAUGAAUCACUGUGGUACAAAUCUCUUUAUGUAUCAUCAACUAAAUAUGUGUAUUGAUCUUAUGGUGUUGAAUCAUCAU